UGCCAAUCCUCCGCUGUAGUUUACCGGAGACUACAACCGUCAUUCACUCUGCUGAAGACUAGAGAGAACACACAGACAACAUCAUGAAACAAAUUCUCAUAUUUGGGGUUUUUGCUUUUGCUACAUUCUACAUGGUUCACACUGAAGCACCAGAUUACUGUCUCCUACCACAGGAUGUGGGUACAGCUCCAGCCUCAGGAGGAGAGGACUUCCAGAUCAUGCUGUAUUAUGACGCAGCUAAAGACCUGUGCUACCCCUUCAGGUACCUGGGGGAGGGGGGCAACGCUAACCGCUUCCCCCUGGAGAGGGUCUGUAUGAGGAACUGUUCAGCCAAGGCAGAGGAGAUGUAUCCCGUGGAUGAGACAAAAGCCUGCCACUUCAAGAAGGCUCUGGGUGAAUGCUUUGGCGCCUACCUGCGUUAUUACUACGACCCCAUCCAUCAGAAGUGUAAGAAGUUCCACUGGACUGGCUGUGUGGGAAACGGAAACAGGUUCAUCGACCAUCAGGCCUGCAACGCCACCUGCGCUGGGAUUCAUGAUGAGGGUACUGAAGUUGAAGAGGAUGAGCCCGAUACUCCUGUUGCCCUGAUUCUAGGAGUGGUAUUUGGGAUCACUGGAACAAUACUCAUCAUAGUCAUUGUUGUCCUGGCCAUACAGAGCAAGAAGAAUCACAAAAGUGAACCAAAGAAAGUGAAAGAAGUCAAGCAGGAGACACCAAUUGAGAUGGCGUAGAGGAGAGGAGAGGAGACACCACUGCAAGAAGAACCAAUUGAGAUGGCGUAGAGGAGAGGAGAGGAGACAAGCAUGAAAGGAACUUAGAAUGACUAGAAGGCAUGAUUUCAUUCAAGUCAACGUCCAGGAGGAGUUGACGGGCAGCCAUAUUGAGUGUACCCAUGCCAGUCAUUUUAAUUGUAGGGGGAAAACCAGCUAGGGCCCUCACCUGAAUGGCCCCUCUCAGGGCGAUAUCAUAGAGUAACAUAGGCCUACAGUUGCAACUAACAAACUUUACAUUCAAUAUGUUUACCUCAUUUGUUGUUAUCAAACUAUUCACAAAUCAUUUGUUUCUGGGUUGACAAUAUCGUAUCUGACUUCCCCAUCACAAAUGUACGCCAGGCUAUUUUCCUCAUGGUUAUGUUUGACAUCUCAGUUAUUUUACAACAUUUAUAAUGUUUUUUUGUACACUCCUCUUUUACAAUAAGAUUGUAUGUUUAUUUCAGGUAAAUUUGGUAACUACUCAAAUAUUCUCCACAGAUUUGAAAGAAUAAGCACUAUUUUUAAUCAAUUAGAUUCAAGUUUGUAUUGUCUGUUAUUGAACUACUGAGUCUGCAACAAGAUUCUUCUGAUAUUUUAAUGGUUUUUAAUGUCUUUUCUUGUGUUUGGUCUGUAUCAACAUUAUAAUAAUAAUAAUAUCAACAUUCACAUAAGUUUUGUAGAAGCUACUACAUGGUAUGUUUUUGUAGGACAUGAUAUGAUAAUAAACCAAUACACUGUUUAAAAACA